GCGUCGGCGGCUCGGCGGUUUGCAGCAGCUUUCCGUGGAGCGCCGCGCGUAGCAAGCGGCUGCAUGCGCUGCUCGGCUAUAUCCGGAGUCGCGCCCCCGCCAGCCGCAGUCCAGCACACUCCACGCCGCCGCCCGCACCGCAACCACCGGCCACACCAUGACGGACGCACUGGAUUCUGAGCAAGUCCAAAUGCUCAAGCGGGCCUUCUCCAUGUUCGACUCUGGAAAGACGGGUCGCAUCGACAAGGAGAAGGUGCGCACCAUCCUGCAGACUCUCGGGCUCAUGAUCGACGAGCUCGAGUUGGAGGCGCUUGUCGCGGACGAGGACAAGGACGAGAACGGUCGCCUGAAUUUUGAAGCGUUCUGUCGCGUCGCCACGCACUUCCUGGACGAGGACGAUGAGGUCAUGCAGAAGGAGCUGAAGGAGGCGUUCCGUCUCUACGACAAGGAAGGCAACGGUUACAUCCCAACAUCGAGUCUGCGCGAGAUCUUGGCGGCGCUAGACGACCAGUUGACGCCGGACCAGCUGGACGAGAUGAUCGCUGAGAUCGACACUGACGGCUCCGGCACCGUGGACUUCGACGAGUUCAUGGAGAUGAUGACCGGAGACUGAACGCUGAACAGCCAAGCACCGCUGCCACAAGUGCGCCAUUUCAUGAUCUGGGCGUAGCUCCAUCCAUCAUCAUCUGUUACAUCAAAUGAACUGAAUACAAUUUGCAGUCUGUGGAUACCUUUCAGUUGCUGUAUACAUCAUCUACAAAUAAAGCGCUUUUUGUUAUCUU